CACUACAGUACAGUUGGCAGCAGUGCAGCACAUUGCAUGCGUUGGUGUUGCAUAUGUACCUUACCAGCAGCAACAACAGAAAGCAGAGCAUGCCCACCUUCUCAUAGCCAUUUUUCUCUGCAACUAAACCCUACACACCUUUUCUCAUAUCACCAAAACCAUUCCUUUUGCUCCCAAAAAGUUGCAAUCUUGACACCCUUUAACUUUUCUGAGCUUCUCUUCAGCUGAGUUGAAAUGGAAGGACAAAGUGACCCAGAGAACCCAGUGCUGCAAGGGUCUUAUGACACUGGAGGAACAAGCAAUGAUGUAUCUUAUUCAGCUGAGGAUCAUCUAUUUCCAACCCCAAAAUUUAACCUUUCAGCAUCUGGGAGGAGUUGUAGCCAGUGGACUAGUCUCCCCAAAGUGUCAAAACCAUCUCAUAAUUAUGUUGAAUAUCUUUCAGAAUCUUCAACUUAUCUACCAAAUGCCACACCUGAAUAUAUGAUUGGGAGCAGUUAUCUACCUCUUGGAGGGGUCAAUGGAACAGAAAGAAACUUGUUUUGCAGUGAUCCAGGAAAUGCUUGUGGUUUUAAAUGCAUUGAUUCUUCAAGUUCAAGCAAUGACUUUGACAUUAGGAAGCGUAUGGGGUUUUGGAAACCUGAUGGAGGAGAUGAAGCAAUUGCAGUUGAAACUGAAAGUAGUCAAAAUCUUCUUUAUGCUGAGAGUCGAGCUCCAUGGAUGAUGGUAGAUUCAAUUGGAAAUAAGCACAAUGCUUCACAGUUUGAUCCAAUGGGAAUGCUUGGAGCACCCACUUUCCUUCCCAAAAACCCCAAACCAGGAUGCAGCUCUUCAAAACAGAAACCUGAUCAAUCACGUUUCACUGACCGUCAUCGCAGGCAACGCAUUGCUGAAAACCUCAAAGCUUUGCAUGAAUUGCUUCCAAAUCCAGCAGAGGGUAGUCAAGCUCAAGCAUACAUACUUGACGAUAUCAUUGACUAUGUCAAAUAUUUGCAGCAUCAAAUAAAGGAACUAAGUGGAAGUCGAUUGCAAGCUGACACAAAUGCUAUACCACUCUUUUUUCAUGAGGGUUAUGGGCAUUAUAUGAACCAACAGAUGCUGAAUGAACCCCUUGAAGAGAUAAUGGGGAAACUACUUGAAGAACAUCCAGCAGCAGCCAGUCAGCUACUUGAAAGUAAGGGUCUUUUCCUGGUGCCUAUGGCUUUGGUUAGUGACUUGAAUGAAGCUAUGCAAGUGUUUGGCGGGAAUGCACUUGUCUGAAAAAGCUUUGUUUGUUGAUUUUAUGUCUUCAUUAUAGUGAUAUCUAUUUUGAGUGUUUGGAUCAUUAAACAGGACGCAUAAAUAGUAUUAGAACAAAAUUGCUAGUAGCUGUAGUAGGAUAAUCAUUUAUACAUCUUUGAUUUAGUUUUAAAAGCCCUGCUAUGUUUGACCGAAUCAGUUUUAAAAUCACUGAGGGCAUCUGCUUUCAAUUACAUGUCAUAGUACUUGGGCGUCUCUCGCAUACUUGGGGGGGUAUGCGAGAUCAAAUUCGAACACAAUCAAGGAGUAAUGGAGUUGUUCCUCAUCUUGAUUACCUAUGUGGAUGGAACUUGUUGCUCUGCAAUCAGAAAUAAGAAAAUACUAGAUGUUAACUUGUCCAUUAUGUGGUGCUGCCGACCAUUUUUGGGAUCAAGAUAGAUGAAGAGAAUCGUCGAGGCCAUUAUCAAUCGCAUGACAUGGAGAGAGGAUCACGCAGUAUUCCUCAGACACUGAGCACCCCUAAGAGGAUGUUGAAAGAGUUGAGCAUACUUUGUCACUUGAGGCACUAUGUAGUCCCUUCCAGUAUGAAUCUUAAGGAGUAUAAUGUCAAGCUCUGAGGUCAUCUAAAAAUCCUUGUAUGGCUUGAAGUAAGCCAGUAAACAAUAGAGUCAAAGGCAAAUUAUCCCCUUUUAACAAAGUCUUGCUCAGGUAUAAAGGGUUUAGGAGUCCCCGCAACAGCAUAGUGGAUCAAUUGCAGCCGGAUAGACCUUCAUUUGUACAUAAUUCAGUGAUGCAACUCUAUAUAACUUGCUCAAGCCCCUUGUCUGGCACGCUUCAGAUCCUUCUUUAGGAUUCCCGCCUUCCCAAUCCAACUCCCAUUUUCCUCUACCGCGACAAGAUGUCAGUUUUAUACAUAGCUGCUAGUGUGUUUUUUGACAAAAUGAAACUGUCAUUUAGUCUGUGAUAAAUUCCAUCCGGGUCAUUUAUCUUACUAUCUUAAGCCUAUUUUACCAUAUUCACAAAUUUACUGAUACAUCAAACCUAUGAAUCCAAAUCCAAGUUAAUUUGGAAUACUGAAUCUAACCAUUCUUUCUUGGGGGGUGACCAUUAUAACUAUCUUAGUUACGUUAGUUUAUUUCAACAAUGGUAGCUAUAUUUCAGUUAUAAAUAUUUACUGACUGUUGACCAUUUAUACACAUUGUAUCGUGAGUUUAUCAGUUAAUGCAAUACUGCAUCUCUUUGGUUCACCAACUCUCUCUUUCUCAUUCUGAAUUUCACAGCGCAAGAAUAGUAUAAAUGUGUGUGCAAAUGAACAAA